AACCAGCAUUACCUAUAGCUACACAUGGCUUCUAUCUCGCAGCUAAUCACUACAAGCAUCCCCACCACCUUUCCUCUCUCCUCUUCAUGCCCCUUCUCCCCUCCGAGAACCACGGUAUCGAUCUCCGGCUUCAAACACCACCACCACGUUUCCCCCAUCUCAUGCUCCUCCAGAGACCACAACCAACCCCUCGUUGAUCCCACAGUCGAUCGCCGCCACGUCCUCGUCGGACUAGGCAGCCUCUACGGCGCCUCCGCUGCUCUAACGUCCCUCCACGAGGCCAGCGCGGCACCGAUCGCGGCGCCCGACCUGUCCGCAUGCGGGCCGGCUGACCUCCCUCCGGAUGCCACUCCGACGAACUGCUGCCUGCCGUCCGCGGGCGACGCGACCGAGUUCGUCAUUCCCGACCCGUCCUCGCCCUUGAGGGUGCGCCCGGCGGCCCACUCGGUCGACAACGAUUACAUAGCUAAGUUCGCGAAGGGCGUCGCUCUCAUGAAGGCGCUUCCGGCCGACGACCCCCGGAACUUCACUCAGCAUGCCAACGUGCACUGCGCCUACUGCGACGGGGCGUACAGCCAAGUCGGCUUCCCGGACCUUGAGCUCCAGGUGCACAACUCAUGGCUCUUCCUGCCAUGGCACCGCUGCUACCUCUACUUCUUCGAGAGAAUACUCGGGAAGUUGAUCGGCGACGACAGCUUCGCGAUUCCGUUCUGGAACUGGGACGCCCCUGACGGGAUGCGAUUGCCAGCGAUGUACGUGGAUCCCACGUCGCCGCUUUACGAUCCCCUAAGGGAUGCACAGCAUCAGCCGCCGACGUUGGUGGAUUUGGACUUCGGAGGGAUCGAUCCUUCUUUCAGUGAUAAGCAGCAGAUUGAUCACAACCUCAAGGUUAUGUACAGGCAGAUCGUCUCGAAUGCACCGACACCGAGGCUCUUCUUCGGAAACCCGUACCGAGCCGGCGACAAUCCGAACCCCGGUGGCGGCUCGCUUGAGAACGUCCCCCACGGACCGGUCCACGUCUGGACCGGCGACCGCAGCCAGUCGGAACUGGAGGACAUGGGCAACCUGUACUCCGCCGCUCGCGACCCCGUCUUCUUCGCCCACCACUCCAACAUCGACCGCAUCUGGAACGUGUGGAAGGGUCUCGGUAGCCGGCGCAAGGACCUGGCCGACCCCGACUGGCUCGACGCCUCCUUCGUCUUCUACGACGAGAACGCCAACCUCGUCAAGAUCCGAGUUCGCGACUGCAUCGACUCAGACAAGCUACGCUACGAGUACCAGGACGUCGGUAACCUAUGGCUCAACACACGCCCGACGGUGACGUCCGGAGUGAGGCCGAGAGUGGCCGGAGUGGCGCAUGCAAACGUGGUGGAGCCGAAGUUUCCGAUAAAGUUGGACUCGGUGGUGACUGCCAAGGUGAAGAGGCCAAAGGCGGCGAGGACCAAGGAGGAGAAGGAGGAGAAGGAGGAGGUGCUGGUGGUUGAAGGGAUCGAGCUGGAUCGAGACGUGCACGUCAAAUUCGACGUGUUCGUGAACGUGACCGAUCACGGGAAGGUCGGGCCGGGGGGCCGGGAGCUCGCCGGGAGCUUCGUGAACGUGCCUCACAGGCACAAGCAUGACAAGAUGAGCAAGCAGCUGAAGACCAGGCUGCAGCUGGGCUUGACUGAGCUGUUGGAGGAUCUCAAGGUUGAAGGAGAUGGGAGCAUCAUGGUGACUUUGGUGCCGAGGCAGGGGAAGGGGAAGGUGAAGGUUAGCAGUCUCAAGAUCGAGUUAGUUGAUUGAGCAUGGGAGACUUCCAUUCCCGCGCCCGCCCACCCCCCCCCCCCCGGUCGUUAGGGUUUGGAAUAAGGGCAACAUGUUUACUGGUACACCUCCCUGAAUAAGAGAGCUUUCACUUGUGUGACUUCAAAAUC